UCUAACACGGACGCAUCUGCAUAUUGAAUGUAAUGUAACUAUGCUAAAGAGCGCGAACGACGCGUCGGGCCACCCUAUGCUUGAGCUAUUAUCCAAUAAAAAUAUAAGCGGUUUAAUUUGCAUAAGCUGCCGAGAAGCGCGCCUUGUAUAUAAAGGAAAAAAACUGCGGCUGCUGUGUCAGUAUAGUGUGCACUAUUAAACAGGGUUUAUGUGAUAUAAUGUAAAUUAUAAGAAUGUUCCAGAAAACGACAAUAAUCUCUACGCUAUUGGCCCUGGCCGUAGCAUUGCCAAAUCCAGACACAAAUGCAACGCCAAAAGAUGGCGAAUCCCUCAUAGUUACAACACCCUUAGGUCAAAUUCAAGGUUCUGUGAUUCAGUCUAGGCUAGGAAAGCACAUUUACUCGUUUAGAGGCAUACGAUAUGCCUUAGCUCCAGUACAGGAACUUAGAUUUCAGCCACCAGUUCCUGUAGCUAAGUACGAAGGAAUAUAUAAUGCAACGCAAGACGCCCCUCUGUGUCCGCAGCCAACAAAAGAUCCUGUUUCAGAAGACUGUUUAUUCCUUAAUGUUUAUACCACUAAGUUACCAAAAGGCAGUGAUAAGAACGUGAAAAGGCCCGUCAUUGUCCACAUUCACGCCGGCGGUUUUUACAGCGUCGGAUCAGCCAGUUACUGGGCAGGACCCCAAUAUUUCAUGGAUCAGGAUAUUGUCCUGGUCACAUUCAACUACAGACUGGGCACAUUAGGAUUUUUAUCAACUGGAGAGAAAGAUGCUCCAGGAAACAACGGCUUGAAAGAUCAAGUUCAAGUUCUGAAAUGGGUUAAACAAAACAUUGAAUCGUUUGGUGGUGAUCCUAACUCUGUUACAAUCCUUGGAUAUAGCGCUGGAGCCAUAAGUGUUGUUCUGCACAUGGUGUCUCCAUUAUCAGCAGGUCUCUUCCACAAAGCUGUGGCCAUGAGUGGAUCCCCGACAUCCCAGUGGAUUUUAGGACAUGAACAACUAGAGAUCGCCAAAAAACAAGCCAGAAUAUUGAAAUGUCCAGACGAUACCUCUGCAAAUAUUAUAAAAUGCCUGAAGACCAAGCCUGCCAAUGAUCUUGGACAAUCAUUACCACAAUUUGCAGAAUUUGGAACAGAUCCUUUGCUAAUUUGGACUCCAGUAAUGGAGAGGGACUUUGGACAACCCAGAUUUUUAACUGCCCAUCCUAUAACAUUAAUUCAAAAUGGAGAAUUCCAUAAAGUGCCAUUCAUUACAGGUGUAACUACGGACGAGUUUGCCUAUAAAGCAUUCAAUAUAGUAAAUAAUGAGACUUUAACCAAAGAGCUUAAUGAAAAGUGGGAAGAAAAAGCGCCAAUUGCAUUCUUGUAUGAAAGAAAAACUGAUCAAUCAAAACUAGUCAGUAAAACGUUGAAGAAAGUAUAUUUAGAGGACAAACCAGUUGACAAAACUUCUAUUUCUGCACUUGGACAACUCUAUGCUGAUUCGACAGUUGGAUUCGGUGUGAACAGAGCUGUGAAAUUAAUCAGUGAGAAAAACAACGCUUCAACUUAUUAUUACAAAUUUAGUUUUCAAGGAAGAUACAGUCAUUUCUACGCACCAGAUAGUAAUGGCACUAAACCUUAUGGAGUUGUUCAUCAUGACGACUUGAUAUACUUAUUUUAUAUAUCGAGACUGUUCCCCUACUUUAAAGACAACUCUCUUAAAGAAGUAGAGAUGGUUAAUAAGUUCACCAGUUUGUACGCUAAUUUUGCCAAAUAUGGAAAUCCAAUUCCUACACCAAACGACAGACUAGAUAAUGUUAAGUGGGAACCGUACAAUACAAAAUCCCAAAAAUACUUAGAUAUUGGAAAUAAAUUGACGUUACAAGAAAAAUUGUACGAAAAGCGAUAUUCUGAAUGGGAAAAACUAUACCCUUUGGAAAAAUACGCUAAAAUUAAGUAAGAUAUCGACCUCAAGAUAUCGCAAACCACUCAAUUUUCUUUAAUUUCAAAUAAUCAAUUUAAUGUUUGAAUUAUUAUUUAUUACGAUUUGACGUACCCCAGACUUUCUUGUUUGUUGUUUUACCUCUGCAGUGUUUUCUGGGUCACGUCAAAUACUAAUACAAAAGUGUACAUUUAGCGCAUAAAAUUACUAAAUAAAAAAAAACAAACCAAAUUACUAACACAAUAUUUUCUCUAACAUGCUCUUCUAAGGCAGCUUUUAAAUGUAUAUAAAAUUAUAUAUAAACAAAAUAAAAUUGUUUUGAGACUACCUACUAGAUAUUAAAAUUAAUUAACAUUGUCCUCAUAUAUUUCUAACAAUUUAUAUGUACUAUUCAUUUUAUUUGGAUUUUCUUACAUCAUUAAUAUUCCUUUAAAACUGAAGCUUUUAAAAUAGAUAUUGAUGACGGAGAAAUAAAAUUGAAUACAGAAAAUUAAAGAAAAUUGAUAUUAUAUGAUUUUAAUCUUAUAACGACGUGCAAUGGACUAUGGACAACUAUUUAUGUUAGAUUAUAAGAUGCAAUUUACAAAAAAAAAUACAAAAAAAAUAGUAAUGUUGAUGUUUUAUAUUAAGUUUGUAAAUACUUUAAGUGUUUGAAUAAAAAUGUGAGACAGUUGAA